GUGUAGAGACAAGUGUGUUUGGUGUUCAAUUUCCAGGGCUGUGAGCUUCUCAUCGAAGCUCAGGGAGCACUCUGUUGACUAGGUAGGCGAGCCACUAAGGUGUUCAAUUAAAACUAAUUAUUUUCGGAUUGUCAUUCGCCUUGAUUCUUUGUUGAGCGGAGAGACAAGUAAGUGGUGUGCUCGAUAGAAUACACCGAGAGGGGUUGACAUCAGAAAACACUAGCGGAGAUCGUCCUGGUGGUAAUGAGAAAAGCACACGAAGAUGCUGGGGGUAGUGAGAAUACAGCGGUCCGGGUCACAUGAGGUAGGUAAACAGCGGGCUGCACGGUGAGCCGAGAACUGAACAGGGGUAGCUGUCCAUUAAAAGAGGACUGAGUGCUUAGACGACAGGGUUACCGUAACAACCGAACGGAAUAUCAGCCGCAGGAACCAAAACAGGGUUGAGUAGGGCGACAUUGUUCAGGGACAGGGGCACUGUAUAACCAGGCCGAUAGGCUACUGUAUGGUGAAACGGACACUGUAGGCCAACCGAGACAUCAGUAUACAAGUGUACCAGUGUGGGGAGGCCCGUACUGGACGGAGUGGUCCACUGGGCAGGGAGACCGGCACUAUUUGGGGAAACCAUCAGUUGAGCGGGAAAUCGCCACAUAAAGGUGAAGUGCGUUUGACUCCGUAGUCGAGAAUUUUUUACUUCUCCAGAUACAGAACAAAGCACAUUUAAACCCGCAGCCGAACAGGCCGCAGUUGGACUCGAACCCUCAACAGGUCAGAAGCGCCCCGUGCGUAAUACAUAGAUUGACAGUGAUGAUAUCGUUUACGCAUAUGACACUGGUCGUCACGGAGAGGGUGAAUUGGUUUGUCUUUCAAUCGCCAGCUGGACAAAGAAGGCCUACAUCGUACUCAAGAAUAUUUCACUUAUACGAUGGAGGUGGGAUUACACAGAGGACAGCCCAGGGAAAACCCUCGAGCAUCUGCAGAUUGUUGGCAGACCUUCCCAUGUAAAGCUGUAGAGGAGACCAGCAUGAGCUGGAAUUGAACUCACAGCGAUCGCAUUAGUGAGAGGCUCAUGAGUUAUGGUGCUGCGCUACACGCUAACUACUCGACCAAGAAGGCUGUGUACUAGAAAAUACUUCAUUUAAAAUGCAAGAUAAGUCACUAAAUUUCGUUUGUUUGUUGAUGUAAAUGAAUUGGCGUUUAACCAUAACGGAACAUUGCUCAGAUAACUGACACAGCAAACGUGUAUCUUAUCGUCUGACAUUUUGGUCUGAAUAUAUAGAAUACAUCAAUAACAGUUGUUACACGUCUUACUAUAGGGAAUGGGCAUUUAUUUGUUUAUUUUAGUGCUGUUCACGUCUUAUUUAAAAUAUUUCAUGUAAAUGUAGGCAAGCAGGAUUCAUAUGGAUGGGGAAUAUAAGGUAAGGUAAGGUAAAACCCACUGCAACUCGCCAGGAGCCGUCUUACGUAAAACCCUGUAUCAUAAACAUGUCUGCAUUUGCUUACCUCAUGUAUAUAUCUGUACAUGCUCACCUCAUGUAUAUCUCUGUACUUGCUCACUUAGUGUAUAUCUCUGUACUUGCUUACCGCAUGUAUAUAUCUGUAUUUGCUCACCUAGUGUAUAUAUCUGUAUUUGCUCACCUCAUGUAUAUAUCUGUAUAUGCACACCUAAUGUAUACAUCUGUAUUUGCCCACAUCAUGUCUGUAUUUACCCACCUCAUGUAUGCAUGUCUUUAUUUUCCCACCUUAUGUAUACAUGUGUUUAUUUGUCAACCUCAUCCAAAUAUCUGUAUUUGCUCACCCCAUACAAAUGGUUAUAUUUGCCCACCUCAUCCAAAUGUCUGUAUUUGCUAUCCUCAUCCAAAUCUCUGUAUAUGUCCAUAUCUGCUCAUGUAGAUAUAUGUACAAUCUAUCUGCUCGCAAUCUUUAAUAUAUGUAUUUGGCCACAACAUAAGCAUGUAUGUAUUUGCUCACCUUUGUUCUCGGUAGACCUCUAUCACAUUUAGCCCUGAUUAACUUGGCCAUGCGUAGAACGAGACACUCCUCAGCUUAUCAAGACAUAUUUAUUGUCCCAUUCUUAUGUAAUACAUGUACGGCUGAAUUCAUGUCGAUAUCUAAAAUAAGUGAGAAUACAUUUCGUCUCUCGGAACCGUACUGUAUCGUAAUGUCAUAUUGUCAUAUUAUACGAUAAGGGGGAGUUACUCUUAAAAAAGCAAAUAGCCUGUGCUGUUGACGGUGUUGUCUCCCUUGUCUUUAACUCAAUCGAUCUGUCACGUGACCUGUGUUCAGCUGGCCCAUUAAUGCCGAGCCCUUAGCAGUUUAAUUGUUCAAGGAUCAAUAUCAGAAACUCGGUCACAGUCAGGCUGAAAAUCCCUGCAUAUCCACCCACUGGAUUCGCAGCUUCCCUUAUUAAAAUCUCUCUUUCCGUCGGUAUACACGUAAUCGGUUGAAAAAUAUUCCUUGUUCACAUAAUAUAUGACCUGCUGGUAAUUGAAAUCCUACAUUGACAGGCGUCCGGCAUACUUUGGGUAAGAAUCCCUUUUAAAAUUCAAACACCUGCAUAAUUAGAACCUUUCUUUCUCAAUUAAGUGGUUUGUUUUUAUUCCACAUAUAGGAUGGGUAGAGAACCGGUAAUCGAUGUAAGCCUAUAGCCUUAUAACUGUAUAUCUGACUAUAUACGGGCCUACAUUCCGCUAUUAGCUCAGCCAUACACAGACACACAGUCGGCGAAAUUCGUUAUGUAAGCCUAUGUUUUGUGCCCAUGGCAGAUAAUUUUUUCUUAUGCCUCCACGCUUGCUUAACUCAGUAUGAAGUAAUACAGAGGAUAAGCCACCGUGAUUAUCUGCUGACAUCGGAGCCAACGGACCAGUGGGGGUACCUUGUAUUUGUCAGGGAGAAAUUAGUGACUACAACCCAAAGUUACAAUUAAUUACCACGGCUGCCUGUAUACUACGUCAGAGACAAGAUCGUACGGCCAGUAGAAAAGACAGCCUCCACGUCAAAUUGUUAUGCGGGAGUCCAUGUAUAAUUAUAGGCCAGGCUGCUUCAUCCAGGGAGAUACGGUAAAAAUUGCCCGCUGAUAACUAUACCGCCUCUGUUUUGAUAUUUUACAGCAACCGAUGACCUUCAAAAUCAUGUGCAUUUUGCAGUUAAUAACUGUGACUAUUUGCCCUGCUUUGACAUCUUGAAGGCGAGCAACAAAACCUCAUGCGGCUGUAGGCCUAUUUAGAGGGAAAGUUUUUGUUUUUGCAAUAUGUUCCUGGAGAUGAAGCUGAUAAUUACCUAAUGAAGGUUAAACUUAGUUAUAUCGGGCCCACGCAGAAGUAAGAUAAAUAAUGUCACUUCAAACAACACUAAAAAUAGCUGUUUAUACUAGCUGACGCUCAGCUAGAGAGGACAUCCCUAACGGACGGUGACGGGCUGGACCGUAGCCUAUAUUGCCCGUGGGCGGCGGCUCUCAGCGACGAUAACCGUCUCAAAACUAACCGCUUCCUUCGUUGAUAAAACGUCUGUCCUCUCCAGAGAGACCAGUGUAUCCAUGGUAACGCUCCAGUCAUUGUAACCCCGGCCUACAGUGUUUAUUCUCGUCAUUAUUUCACUUGCUCCUGUUCAAUUUACGUCAUAAUGCUGAGGGUGAUAGGAAACUCCGAAGAGGCCGAACUAAAUCGGCUUUUUGCCCGGAUCUACGUGAAUACAGCAGCGGAAAACCAACAGCUGUUUUCCAAACUACUUUUCUUUCAUACACAUAUCUCCUGGAAUAACAGAGUGUAAACAGAUAGUGAAAACGGCCGUUUAGAGGUAAUUUGAGCUUCAGUUUUGACACGAGGUCGUUGGCUAACGUCGAUAUAUUGGAUUACUGAAAGAUAUCUUCUGGAGCUCGCAUCCUUCUCAGAGUCAGAUAUAAUCUAGACUGGAAUUGGGAAUCCCACUGUACAUCCAGUCGUUGGUUCUUGUACGUCUAAGAAAAAAAUCCCAGAUAAAUCUGAACAGCGUUAUGAAUCGGUCAGACCUUAUUUCCUCGUACGCAAUAUAUUAUGUAUGAAUGGAAGGGAGCCUCGUGGUGUAUAGAUUGCCUGUUUACAACGUCCCCUGUCUCGAUAUCACCACCGACAGGCCCGUCAAAUAGAGCACAAAAUACCUGCAAAGCGGAAAAACAUGGUCAUUCUCUGUGACUGAUAAGGAAUCUGGAAAUUACAUUUUACAAAUUACAAAUGGCAUUUCUCCGUUUGAUAAGGCAAGGAAAGCCCAGCACACGUGACGUCAAACCAGACCCGGUCUCCCAUUGGUCGAAGGGCUGUAGAAGCUGUUAAUUAUUAAAACUGCCUAUUUACUAUGUAUUAGAUGGCCCACACUUCCGACAAGGGCUUUUUACGAGAUCGAGGAGACGGGGGAGUCUCAGUGUAGAGUCGGCACGGGACACACGCGAAGCAUUAGUCUGUAGGCUGAGACCCAGGCAGUCAGCUGUUCAGUUGGCAGCGGAAUAACGGGUCGCGGCGAGCGGUUGGUCGUGCUGCCCUCACAGCUACAGCAGAUACUAUGCGAGGCAAAGGCAAAGACCUUCCUUCCCCUGUGGAUUACCCAAUGGUAGAAGCGGACGCGCCUACCACGGAGAACGGAUGGGAUGUGGCUAACUACGACGGAUUCAGGGCCACCGACUAUCAUAUGCGCAAGCGCGCCCCAAAACGUGAUUCUCCGGGAUCCCCGUCCGAUUCCGGGGCUAGUUCAACAACAGAAGAGUCGUCUGAGAGGAAGGCUAAGACCCCCAAGAAGGCUCACAGGCGACGGAAGGCCCUUUCGGCCCGCGACCGGAACCUGCGGCGUCUAGAGAGCAAUGAACGCGAGAGAAUGAGAAUGCAUUCACUGAACGACGCCUUCCAGGAGCUCCGUGAAGUUAUACCACACGUAACAAUGGACAGAAAACUGUCCAAAAUUGAAACUCUUACUCUGGCUAAAAACUACAUCAAAGCUUUAACAAAUGUCGUGUGUGAAAUGAGAGGGGAACCUCAGCCGUAUGAGUUCGAAGCGUCCAAUGAGAACGAUAAUGAUAAUGAAGACGAUGAAGAGGACGAGGACGAAGAUGUUGAUGAUGUCAACAAUGACCAUGACGACGACGAAAGCCGCCCGCACGAACUGUGCCGAAUUUCAAAGAACGUGUCGGGAAGAGGGAAAACAAUCCUGUACCCGCGCCAUUACCCUGCAGACGCCACCACACCUUGUAAGAUUACCGACGAACGUGGCGGAGAUGAUUCAAUGGACUUCAGUGCGCCAUCUACAGGCCCAGGGGAAGAUAACUGCAAUGUGGAAUCCAACUUCAGUUUAGACACGAAUGGAAAUAACCCGGGAUCUCGACACAAGAGGGGUAAGUGUAAACAGAAAACUAAACUUAAUCAAGAAUGUGCAAUUACGGAAAAUGGAUUUACCCUGGACGGUGUGAAAACGGAGAAAUACAAUUUUGAGUAGUGGAAAUAUUGUUCUGGUGAAUCGGAGAAAAAUUAUUGGUCAAACUGUGUUAUUCACGGAUAUUCCCUGUGCUUCAGAAAGUGCAGAUAUUGGGGCUUCCCAGCCAAGACUUGCUGUGUAAGACAACUUUACUGAUUCUGCUGAAAACCACAGUGACUCACGCGGGAAACUAACGUGUGCUCGCCAACUUGCACUAGGACAACCAAGAUGGCACCCGACCGGGGCGCCGACCGACGGCAAAGAGUUUAUAAACAUAUAUAUAUAUAUAUAUCUAAAUAUAUAUACAUACAAAUAUAAGUUAUAUACACAUAUUAACAGGUGAUCGUGUAUUUUACUAUAAACCGUUCUUUCAUUUGUUAAUUCUAAUCAUAGUUGUUCUCUGCAAAAUAAUAUAUGUAAAUAUAUUUGUUAAUUAGAUAUAGGUAUAUCUAAAUGGACUAUUUUCAUAUAAAUUUCCUGUCCUGCCCAUCUCCCAUGCGAACCACAUAUUGGUGUUAAAUCAAAAAACGUUGUAAACUGGGGAAUAUCUAUUGAAGAUUUGACUAUAUCUAUUAAUCCGAUUGUACAGAAUCUAUAUGUUUACAUGUGUACGUUGAUGACUUCUGGGUUAAUAUGGGGUACGUCGAUGUUACGGUAGAUUUUAGUCAAGUAGCGCUGGUGAAGGGUUAUAGGCAACCAGAGCAGCAUUCAAAUAUAUAUAUCUAUAUCUAUAUAUUGUCUGUACAUAGGCUGUUCGUACGAGGGAAUAGGGGUGUUUGUUCAGCUUAUGUUGCUACUGAGUAGAAACCAAGCGCCCCAUUUAGGCCACAGUAUUACAACUGGCAGUAUUUAGAGCAGUUGUGUCUCCCUUCAACGCUAAUCUGUUCGGCUUCAUGCUAGGGCCACCUUCUCUAGAGAGAGGUACAUGCCAUGUCUCAGCCAUACGUCCUCUACAUCAUCAUACUACUCCAUAAAGUUCUUUGGUCAUCAAAGGUAUAUGGAACCAUAUUUAUUUUCUUCACUAUAUGAACCUUAUUUUUCGUAGAAAGCCAUUGAAGUAUGACUGAAAUAUAAAGGAGACAUAUAUAUUUAUUUUCUACUUUCUUCUGAGGAAAGCUACAUAUUUUUUGAUAAAAUCAUUUUCCUUACUUGUUUCGUAUUGUACGAAGAUCGCCAAUAUUUACAUGAACUCAUUCUCAUUCUCAUCCGCGCAUGCUUCCAGUCAAUUGGUGUACUUCCUGUGGUGGGUAUAAUUUAGCAAUAAUACCCACCCACCCCAUCCUGUUAUUGUCAUGUUUCUGGUUAAAUUUUAAAAUUCCUGAAAUUGACUCUGAUUUUCCACUGUGAGGGUAUACGAUAGUCAAACACACUAUAUUGCCGGAUGUUUGUGAAGUCUAUCCUUAACGCAACCACGGCCAGGGAGAGGCAGAAGACCUGUCGCACAUUACCACGUGACACUCAGGUGUCACUCAGGCAACCAUUGUACGACUUCAUCGGAAGAUCCCAAGGGACAGACACAUCUCUUGGUAUAUGAUUUUUAUAACAAUUCACUCUAAAGCAGACGACAGAAAGGCUUUUCCGAGUUAAUCAAAGCUCAUGACGUGACUUAAUGCGCAGGUAUUGCUGUUAAGGGAAGCUAUCUUUCUGAACAGCCUCCCAUUCUGCUGGAAUACAACAUAGUCGUGAGAACGGAACUGGUUGACCAUUGACAACACACUAACCCAUGAGCUGACUGACCAAUCACCAUUAUACUGACCAGUUGACAAUACAGUUAUCCAUCAGGUGCCUGACCAGAGCCUAUACUGACCAGUGGACGGCACGGUAACCAGCUAAUUGGUUAACCAUUAUGCUGUAUUAAUCACUUGCAGGUGACCCAUUGGCUGGUUGACCACUGGCCUGUACUGACCAAGUGUCAGUGCAGUAAUUCAUUGUUCGAUCGAACCAGGCCUACGCACUUAAAAGUGCCAUAAGAAUGAAACUGGUUGACCGCUACCCUAUGUUGAUCAGUUGACCACUUGGUUAUAUUUGCACGAUGACUGUGCGGCGAGACAUGAGCUACUGACCACUUGUCAGGGUCUGUCAGUGUCUGACUACUCCCCACGGAAAAGAUCCCUAUACUGACGUGUGUUCCUCAGUCUCAUAUUCUAUUAUUAUGAGUAACAUGAAUGCGGUGCAAGCAUGUUUUGUCUAUGCACUUGACUUUUUGAUGUUUGUGUAGCGCUGUUAAGUGUAAUAACGAUCUGUAGCUGAUCAUCAGUAACCCAAAUUGAUGGCUGGAGGUCAACUGUGUAGCUGAUCAUCAGUAACCCAAACUGAUGGCUGAAGGUCAACUGUGUAGUUGAUCAUCAGUAACCCAAAUUGAUGGCUGGAGGUCAACUGUGUAGCUGAUCAUCAGUAACCCAAAUUGAUGGCUGGAGUUCAACUGUGUAGCUGAUCAUCAGUAACCCAAAUUGAUGGCUGGAGGUCAACUGUGUAGCUGAUCAUCAAUAACCCAAAUUGAUGGCUGGCGGUCAACUGUGUAGCUGCUCAUCAGUAACCAAAUUGAUGGCUGGAGGUCAACUGUGUAGCUGAUCAUCAGUAACCCAAAUUGAUGGCUGGAGUUCAACUGUGUAGCUGAUCAUCAGUAACCUGAAUUGAUGGCUGGCGGUCAACUGUGUAGCUGAUCAUCAGUAACCCAAAUUGAUGGCUGGAGGUCAACUGUGUAGCUGAUCAUCAGUAACCUGAAUUGAUGGCUGGCGGUCAUCUGUGUAGCUGAUCAUCAGUAACCCAAAUUGAUGGCUGGCGGUCAACUGUGUAGCUGAUCAUCAGUAACCCAAAUUGAUGGCUGAAGGUCAACUGUGUAGCUGAUCAUCAGUAACCCAAACUGAUGGCUGGAAGUCAUCUGUGUAGCUGAUCAUCAUCUAAUGCUAUGAUCAGAUUGAAAUAAGGAUACAUAGCGGUUAUCAUAUCAGCGGUCUAAUGGUGGAGUGUCAAUACAUAGCGGUUAUCAUAUCAGCGGUCUAAUGGUGGAGUGUCAAAUAUACAAGACAAUGAGCCAUUGAGUAGGUACACAGGGGAAUACAUCACCGCCAUAGACAAGGAGCAUAUAACGGGCGGCUAGUUAGGCGGGGCACAUAGGCCUAUAGCUCUGACAACACUUUGUCUCCUGUCUGAAAGCUAGGACAUCAAAGGCAUGAAAGUCUAGGCGAAAUACGAGCACUGUACAACAUGAAAGCAUGUAAGAUUGCCUCGUGGGUGGAUUGUAUUUCAAGCAGAGCUACUCUGAUUACGUCAAUUUCUUUGCCUGUGGACGAAAUAUUAUGAUAUCUAGGCUCAGCUGAUGUCUGAUUUAAGUCUUAAUAUUGAAGAAAAAAAAUAAGUUUUUCAUCGUAAUCACAGUAAAUAUGCCACAGCAUCGUACUGACAAAUGUGUAAUAUUUGGUAUAAUGUCAAACUCGGACACUGGCCCCAUAUAGCAGUGUAUGGGUAGACUGUGUCAGGCGGUUGUGCAGUAAUUCUGAGGGGAGGUGGGGUCGUCAUGAGGACAUCUCGAGCCUUCCUCACGAUGACAUCUAAACCGAGAACACGGUGUCCGAUUACUGUGGUCGUAUGGGUUCCUUAAACUUUGUUCCGUUAAUGAUGGCAGGUCAGGAUGUGUGUGACGUCACUGAUGAAUGCUAUAAACAACCAAGGCCACCUUUGUGUUCAAAGUGGUAACCUAUCCAAACCAACAUGUGAUUAUGUGUAGAUCUAAGGCCAAGUCUCACUUUGUCCUAAGUUGUAUUCCACCAACAUGCUCAUGAUUUCUCAGUGACAGGCGAAGUCUCAUUUUGUCUCAAACUUGAAAUCCACGAACAUGACUAUAGAUAUCACAGACCCAGACGAAAUCCUCCUUUGUGGAAAGCUUAACUGUAAGCCAGAAAGAUACUUAAGUCUGCCUUGGAAACAUGUUUCCUAGAUGAAGUCUGACUAAUCUGUGAUCCAUCAAAAUGACGGUCUCUAUCUUGGUGAAGUGUCUCUAAUCAGAAUCAUCACUUUGUUCCAUGAUUGUAAUGUAUUUUGACGCUUUGUGACUCUUUCUUACGAAACCAACUCAUGAUGCGGUAAAAAUUCCCAUACAGCUUUAGGCGGUUACUAAAACGCAUAUCCUACCAGUAAUCCCUCGUUUGCUCCAUCACUUAUCCUACCAGUAAUCCCUCGUUUGCUGCAUCGCUUAUCCUACCAGUAAUCCCUCGUUUGCUGCAUCGCUUAUCCUACCAGUAAUCCCUCGUUUGCUGCAUCGCUUAUCCUACCAGUAAUCCCUCGUUUGCUCCAUCACUUAUCCUACCAGUAAUCCCUCGUUCGCUGCAUCGCUUAUCCUACCAGUAAUCUCUCGUUUGCUGCAUCGCUUAUCCUACCAGUAAUCCCUCGUUCGCUGCAUCGCUUAUCCUACCAGUAAUCCCUCGUUUGCUGCAUCGCUGCACCACGAACAAGCUACAAGGUCCCGACAGACAUUAUUCUAUAAUUUGGUCUCACGCUCCUUACGCCACCAACCACUGCUAACAUAGUUUGCCCAUCUGUCCUACCUUCCAUAAAUCACUAAGAACUGCUGAAACCGGUUACGUCCAUUGAUCCCACGUCCCCUACAUUAUCAACCACUGUUGGCACCGAUUCUGUUCUGCUCAUUGGUUGCACGUUCCCUACAUCAGGAACGACUGAAGAAAGCUCUUCUGCUCUUAUGUCCUCAACAUCACGAACGACUGUUGGAAUUCUUCUGCUCUUAUGUCCUCAACAUCACGAACGACUGUUGGAAUUCUUCUGCUCUUAUGUCCUCAACAUCACGAACGACUGUUGGAACUCUUCUGCUCUUAUGUCUUCAACAUCACGAACGACUGUUGGAACUCUUCUGCUCUUAUGUCCUCAACAUCACGAACGGCUGUUGGAACUCUUCUGCUCUUAUGUCUUCAACAUCACGAGUGGCUUUUGGAACUCUUCUGCUCUUAUGUCCUCAACAUCACGAACGACUGUUGGAACUCUUCUGCUCUUAUGUCUUCAACAUCACGAACGACUGUUGGAACUCUUCUGCUCUUAUGUCUUCAACAUCACGAACGAUUGUUGGAACUCUUCUUCCCCUUAUGUCCAGUACAUCACAUACGACAAUUGGAACUCUUCUGCCUUUUGGUCCCACUACAUCAUGAACAACUGCUGACACUGCUCUGAACAUUAGUUCCAUGUUCCAAGACCGUAAAUCGAGCCAAUAGCCUCACGUUCCGGAGACUUUUUUAUUAUAAUUAUCUGACUGAUUAAUCCGUGGGGAUUACAUUUCUAGUACUCCCCGUGACUGUGUCAUGAAAUGUGACCGAUACUGAGCUAAAUCUGAGUUGUUCGUCUCGAUGGGUCCGUACAUACAUUUGUUUUCGCAGUUUAUCAUAAUGAAGUCAGUAUGCACUUUUACAUAUUUUUCCCCAUGAGCACACUUAGUUACAAACUGUGGGCACACCUAUGUGCAUGCUCUGAUAGUGAUAGUCUUACAGUGUCGGUAUAUCGGUGCUAGACCUGUUACAUGACGUACUAACAGUGAUCAUUUGCAUGUCUUAUUUAAACGCUGCUGUAGCUGUGUGACUGUUACACUGACGUAUAAAAAUAUGGUCCCUUCUGAGUUUCAGUGCGACUGACUCCCCGCAGACACCAAACCUUCUCCCUUGCGUGUCUGUCACAGCAAUAUGAAGACGCCACUAUCUGCUUCUCCGUAAUCAGUGUCUGAUGUGUGCAUGACAGCAAACGUCUCAUGCCCUUAGCUCUUUCUGCUGAUACAUUGUUAUAAUCAUUGUAACGACUAGACAUACACUCGUCAUGUUUAGACCUUAGUAACUCUUCAGUUGUGAUAGUUUACUGUAGUAAAACAUUUUGACCAUGCAAACAAGAGCGAAGAUUUCCAACCAAGUAAAAGCAUCACCAAAAACCGACUUAUGCUGCAAUAUUUAUAACUUGUCCAACUUGUCAUCAACCGUGUAAAGCACAACCCCCUUUUCCCGUAGGUGCCGCACAGGGCAGACGGUGAGCCUGUGAUACUCACAACUUUCCCUACCUAACUGCACAAGAGCUGUAUUUAUAUUAAGACUGUUCAUAUGCCUCCUUCACUCGCAUGCGCACAUCGUGUGUUCGGCUCACAGUCAUGGUUAAAGUGCAAGUACAUAUGACCGAAGUAGCGUUUCGAUAUCGGGAUUAUUUUUUUGUGGUAAAAUGGUGCAAACAGCUUUAAUGUGCAGUCUGAAAUGGAACACACACACACUGAAUCAGAUGCUGUUUACAAUUUCUGGGUGUUCCAAGAACACGCGGUUCGCAUUCACUGGUUCCAACUAUACAUGUAGUUUGUUGCUAUUGUGCGGACUUCCACAAGACUUGUACCGCCAUAUUCCCCAUGAUAGAACAACGUGACGGGCUGCAUGGCUGUGGGCUGUGUAGGGGGGAAUUUAAGAACUCAUGAUUGAUAUGAUGUAUUUUUAAUUUAUUAAACUCUUUCAUAUCGUUAUUGCAAAUUAAUUUAUACCACAAUUAAUUCCUCCAUUCCUCAAAGCUGUUAUUGUUCCAUUAAACCAGCUUAAGCUGUCAUUUUGAUUGAUUUCAAUAUUCAGCAGUCACAAAUGUCUCUAUUUUAUGUUGAUUACACAAAUGACAUGCAAAAUAAAGCGCUGAGUUUUACCGACA